AUGUUUUCGCAGAAUUCACCGGCAGCCGAAUCAACGACGGCAUCGUCUUUGUCUAGCAUGCAGGAGGUUUGGGAACAAGACGCUGACCUUGCCGUAUGCACAACAUGUGGUACUCAGUACUCUUCCGUUCAGGGUCCUCCUGAAUGCGUCAUUUGCCAUGAUGACAGACAAUACCCGUGUCCAACCGGCCAGACGUACACUUCGCAAAGGCAGCUCGUCUCCAAGACCACGUUCGAGCUUGUCCCUGAAGAGUCGGAUGCUCGCAUCCUUCGCAUCAAACUCUCUCCCUCCUUGGCUAUCGGUCAGACCCCCAUCGUCUUGCUCACCCCCGCUGGCGUUGUCAUCUGGGAUUGUUGCGGCUUUGCCUCUGCCGAGCUCAUGCAGCGUAUACGCAGCGUGAGCCCCACCGGACAAGCCUGCUCAAUUGUCAUAUCACAUCCACAUUUCUUCGGCGCCAGUCUCUCAUGGGCCAAGAUGCUCAACUGCAACGUCUUCAUAUCCAAGCUAGACCGACAAUGGUAUCAGCGCGGAUUAAACUGCCAAGAUACGCACCCAGACAUCGCCGCACGCCGCAACUUCGUCAUCGAGGUUCAGGAGGAUCUCUUCCGCCUCCCGCACCUCGAUGCGCUCACCUUGGUCAGAUGCGGCGGCCAUUUUCCAGGCUCGGGAGUUUUGCACUGGGACCGGGACUCGGGGAAUCCAGAUGGUCAAGUCCGAAAGGGAGCUGCUGUCUUCUGUGCCGACACAUUCAUGUGUCUUCUCGAUGGUCAGAGAUUCACUUUUGCCUAUAGCUUCCCCAACAACAUUCCGCUUCCUCCUUGCGACGUCGAGCAAAUCUGGGUUCAGAUGCGAAAGUUUAACUGGACGGCCACCUUCGGUGGCUGGUCGGGCCGGCACGUCCUCACCGACUCCCGCUCUGCGCUUCUUCGUUCUGCGCGAUACUACAUUGGGAAGGAAGGUCACUCACCUGACGCUUUCGAAGCGCUAAGCGAAGAUGCUACUUGA